UGGGAAAACUGAAAGCAAGAAAUAAACAGUGAGCGACGAAAUUCCAGAGCACGCAUGUAUGUAACCUCAACCGUAAUCUGUUUGUGGCUCAACUCAAGCCCUACGUGAUUGAUCGGCGAUGGUGUGGCGUGUGGCCGUACAGCGGGGAUUCGGGAUUGUCUGUCGAGCCUUCAAUCCAGUGGGGUCGCGCUGGGCCUCCCAUUGUGCUGCUUCUUCGUUGGAUCACCCGGAGACGAUCGGCCACCCCCGAAAGUUGUACAAGGUUCUGGUCCGCAAUUUGGAUCGAUUGCCGAAUCCGGAUGCCAAAUUUUACAAAGACUCCGUGCGACGGGGCUUUUCUCAACACGUGGAUGAGACUGAUCCGGAGCGAAUUCGACAAAUCAUUGAUCGAAGUGUCCAGGACGUCAAGUGGGUGCUGAAGAAGUACAAGUUGGAGUAAUCGACCCCUGUGUCCCCAUGGCCUCAAGUGCGAGCCACCGUAUCCCUCCCGCCCUGCGAUCCCAAGUGAUCCAACUGUAUCGACAACUGUUACGCUUGGGUUACCAGUGGCAGGCUCAAAGUCCGUCCAACACGCCCACGGAGCGGCAAUACAUCCUCUCCGAGACCCAACGGCUCUUCCGGGCCAACCAAUCGCUCACCAACCCUCAGCUCAUUUCGGAGCACAUCCGUGAGGCCGAGGCCCGAGCCACGAUGGCCGUUCAUUAUCGCAAUCCCUAUCCGAGGCCGGUCAAUGUGCCACCCCGUAGUUAUAGCAAGCAAGUGGGCAAACGAGCGGGCAAGGCCAUCCAGAAGCAAAGUGAGCUCUCCAAGCCCAUCUACGUCAAGUCCAUCGACGAUACAGUGCCCAAAUAG